UAUCCCGCUGCAGGUCUAUACUUUACUAGCAGCAUGACUCAUUUUGAUUAAUUCUUAACCCGGAAAAUCGCGUAAGUGUUUAAAAUGGUUUGUGAAAUAAGUCAGUGUAUUACUUUUGAGUGGCGAUGAGAUACUUUAUGUUGGGAGUUAGCGAAUCUAUAGAAAAUGUACGUUUAUAUAAAGCAACGUGGAAACGGUGCAGAACAACAGCUCCUGCCGGUGGUGUCUCUCGUAGAUGGGUGUAUACCUCAAUUUUUGACGAGCAAAUCUGGGCAUAUACAUCAGCUGAAUGUGAAUGGUUUAGAGCCAGCAUUAUGGUUUAAGGUAAUAGUGUUAGAUGCAAUAUUGAUAGAUUGUCAGUGUAACCUGAUCCAGUGGACAACUUGCGAAGGCAAAUGUCAAAUUGGAAGGCGUGUGAAGAAUAUGUUUGUUAGGUGCAGUCACUCGCAGGAAAUCAAUGUGGAUGAAGAAUAUUACACACCAGAUGUGGAUUUACAACAAGGGAUGCAACUCGCCCAGCAAAUCGCAGCUGCCAACAAAGAUGAUAUCAAGGAAGAGUUUUUACAACUUCUGCAUCUUUAUGUCCUUCCAAUCAUUCGUCUGCAUUCUACGGAUGUUGAGCGUGUGCAAGAUGCACUUAUGCGACAGGUGACUAUUUUAGAUAAAAUUGGUAAAAAUAUGGACAAUUUGUCUCAACAUCGUAAUGAAGUGAAGAAAACAUUACUUAGCUGGAGACAAGAUUUGUGUAACAAGCACCUGAAUACGGAAGAAGCUAUACAUUCAAGCAAUGUGGACUUUCUUCAACAAAUUUACGAUGACUUAACAUCAGAUAUACAAAAUGCCUAUGUGGAGUUGGAACUUUGCCAAAAGAAAGUUGAUGAUGCAAAGAAGAAAGUUCGUGAUGGGCCCUCCUCUAUAUCUAACUUGGCACGGGCCCGUCAUCUGCGAAAUCAAGUUUGCCAAACGAUUGCCAAUGCACUUGUUGUCAAGAAAGCUGCAGCAGUUUUUUUCAAGUCCUCAAAGAGUAGAAAGACAAGAGAUAAUGUGGUUAGCCAUAUAACUAAUGCUUUGUAUGUCAUCGAGGAAAUCAAGAUGUUAUUUAGACAGAGGCAGUGCCAUCCUAACCACACAUUAACUCCUACGGAAGAAGCAUACCUAAAAACACAGCAUGAUUGGAAAAGGCUACGCAAACAACUUGAGGAACUCCAGCGUGUUAAGGUUUGUGCUACAAGCAUCCGAGAAGCCCUUGUUAGUACGUUAAAGGAACUAAAAGAAGGUAAAGAUAGUGUUGGAUUUGAGCACAGUGUUGGUGGUGUUGGCAGGUCUACAGAUAUUCUCUCCCCAGGAAGUUACCCUAAGGAAUGGGAAACAUUGCAAACCCAAGUAACCACACAGGCAACCCCACCAUGUACCCAUUUAUACUCCUGGGCGGAGAGAAGCAAUGCAGAUAGAAAGGUUAAGUCGGAUAAAGGCGGCGAUACAACCUCACCAAUGUCUCACUCACCGCCAGCUGUCCAGCGUAUGUUGAAUGAGAUUCAUGACCGUAUGCCGGAAGAGCAUCUCAAAGGCAUAACAAAAAAAAUAAAAAAAGAUGUGCGGCAACAUUUUGAGAAGGCACACAUAUUAAUAAUGGUGAAAUCAAGACCAGAGAUUCAGGCAGCAUAUCGAGCACGACAAAAAGAGAAACGAGGGGCAGAAUUCUUGCAAUCGGAAGCAAAACGUGUCAAGAAAUACUAUAUCCCGGCUGCACAACUUUCAACUAAAAAUAGACAGGCAAGGAGAGAAUCUGUGAGAAAAAGAGUACAAAAGCACAGAGCAUAUGUAAGACAAGUUCAAGCUCAGUCACAACAACGAUUGGAGGAAGCAGAUGAAAUCAGUACUAACGAUGAUUCUGCCAUAUCUUCUGAUGUAGCCUCACAAGCUAGUCACUCACCAGUGAAAUCAAGAGCAGAGAUUCAGGCAGCAUAUCGAGCACGACAAAAAGAGAAACGAGGGGCAGAAUUCUUGCAAUCGGAAGCAAAACGUGUCAAGAAAUACUAUAUCCCGGCUGCACAACUUCAACUUUCAACUAAAAAUAGACAGGCAAGGAGAGAAUCUGUGAGAAAAAGAGAACAAAAGCACAGAGCAUAUGUAAGACAAGUUCAAGCUCAGUCACAACAACGAUUGGAGGAAGCAGAUGAAAUCAGUACUAACGAUGAUUCUGCCAUAUCUUCUGAUGUAGCCUCACAAGCUAGUCACUCACCACUACGCAUCAAAAUGUCUUUUAAGAGAUGCAUUUCAUCACGAAAGUGCAUAAGUAGAUCAUUAAGUAGAGCCCAUCGUCGCAUCGAAAAACUUAAUCUGCAGUUACAGAGAGUUAAUAGACAAAAGAAAACAGCCACCAAAUGCUAUGAAAGAGCAAUGAAGAAAGUUAAUAAAGUAAUAUCUUCGACCGGCAACGAAAUAUUAAACAGCAGUACCCCAAGGUCAAAAGUCUGUCACUGGCAUCAGUGCCCAAGCGAUUUAAGAAAACAACUAUUGUUUUCAAACGCGCUGCUGGAUGAAAUAAGAGAGAGUACAAAGACCAAUAAAAAGAAGCAUAAUAGGAAAGUGAUUGGUAGUGUGCUAUCUGGAAGGAUAAUCAAAAAGUAUCGCUUAAUAAUGCAUACAUCAAGAGAGUCCGGCAUUGGUUGGCAUAACCUGUCCAAUGUAGUAAAGAAAGGGUCUACAAUUAGAAAAUAUGUCAAGAAGGCUUGGGGGCGCUUCACAAUGAAGUACUAA